UGUUCUUCUUUCUGCUCUCGCUCCUCAUCUCGAGCACCAGUGCAAGGUUUUUGUAUGACUUUGCGGACCUCAAAGGUCUUGACGCAUAUGACUUUGUCGUCGUCGGAGGUACAAGUACCUUGUGUUCUGGCAUAUGCGGCCCGUACUGACGAAUGGAACGGCUAUAGGUGGUCCUGGUGGAAGCACAGUGGCCGACCGACUGAGCGAAGACCCCACUGUCAACGUGUUAUUACUCGAGGCUGGGGGUGAAAACGACCCAGCCGUAGAUCCCGCCCUUGCUAUCCCGCUGUUCUGCACGACGCUGACGCCAAAUACGCCUUACGAUUGGAAUUAUACAACCGUCCCACAAGAAGAGCUCAAUGGCAGAAGUAUUCCGUACCCGUUGGGUAUUGGCUUGGGCGGAUCGAGUGCCGUUAACUGCCUGGUAUACACUCGUGGCUCAGCAGACGACAUCGACACAUGGGCCAAGUUUUCUGGAGACGAAGGCUGGUCAUGGGACAGCAUGCUGCCGUACUUCAAGAAGGGUGAGAAAUUCAAUAUUGUUCCUCGGGACGGACAUAAUACUACUGGUCAAUACCUGCCUGCCUUCCAUGGCACCCACGGCGUGAUCGGUGUUAGUCUUCCAGGAUACCCCUUCCCCUUCGAUGGACGCGUCGUCAACACUACACAGGAGCUGGCAGAGUUCCCAUACCGAGUGGACAUGAACUCUGGCGAACAUAUAGGUAUAGGAUGGGUUCAGUCACUUGUGGACGGUGGACAGCGCUCCAGUGCAAAGGCACACUUACUUCGCGCCGAGAAUGAGGGUAGGAAAAACAUAGACGUGCUAUUGCAUGCCCGGGUAUCUCGCGUGGUGCCUGCUGUGGAUGGUAUGACGGACUUGAGAUCAGUGGAAGUGCUGGACUCUGCUGAUGAGUCUCUCAAAAUCAUCACUGCCAAAAAUGAGAUAAUUCUCUCCGCUGGUUCCGUUAUGACGCCGACUAUCCUCCUUCAUUCUGGAAUUGGUGACCCUGGACUGCUCGAGCCUCUGGGUAUAACCACCAUCUUGUCCCUUCCAUCUGUAGGAAAGAACCUCACCGACCACAUCGGCGUCAGCACGACCCUGGUUGUAAACUCGACCAACACGUACGACAUUGUCCUCAGAAACGAGACUCUCCGGAACGAAUGGAUAGAGGAAUGGACUACGAACAAGACAGGGCUACUUACAGACACAUCGGAGAACCAUGCUGCUUGGCUUCGUCUCCCGGACAACUCGACUGUGUUUGAGAAUUAUUCCGAUCCUUCAUCAGGGCCUUUGACUGCACAUUAUGAGUUCUUAUUCCAAAACGGAUUAGCUAGUGGCGGAGGAAGCGGCAACUACAUAAACGUUCCAACAGCAUGCGUAUCACCGGCCUCGCGAGGAUCAGUAUCCAUCAACUCCUCCGACCCCUUCUCCAGACCCCUAGUCAACCCCGCCCUCCUCACUGCGCCAGUCGACAUCCUCAUCGUACGGGAAUCUAUCCGGGCCGCCCGGCGGUUCUUCAGCGGCCCCGCGUGGGAGGGCUACAUCUUAGGCUCACUCAAUAACAAUGCGACCACGGACGAGGAACUCGACGAGUUCAUCCGUCAAAAUGCGGUGUCGUUCUUCCACCCGGUCAGUACGGCGAGUAUGUCGCCCGAAGGAGCGGAUUGGGGUGUUGUGGAUCCAGAUUUGAGGGUGAAGGGGGCGAGUGGGUUGAGGAUCGUGGAUGCGAGUGUGAUUCCUAGGUUGCCGGCAGCGCAUACGUCUGCCGCAGUGUACGCGGUGGCAGAGAGGGCAGCGGAUAUCAUCAAGCUGGCAUACGGUUUGCCGGUCGAAGCUCCGUGAGGGGACCCGUCAAAAGGUAGUGUUUUGGGGAUCAGUAUUGUAGG